AUGAUUAUAACAAGGUCUACAAUAGAAAAGUCUGCUACUGCAGUUGCUGUUGCAGACAGAAAUGAAAAUGAUUUAACAGCAAAAGAAGCUGAAGAAGAAUUAACCAUAGCAGAAAAAACUAUAACAGCAUUAGAAAAUGCAUUAAAUGAAAAAACAGUAAUAGCAUCAAAAGCAUCAAAAGCAUCAUCAUUAACAAGUG